AUGUCAGGACACAUCCACUCAACCACCAUGCCCGAGGCCUCCGCAACCCAACCGCUCCUCCAAGCAGCCCCCGGAAAGCGAAUCGCCCUCCCCGUGCGCGUCGAACCCAAAGUCUUCUUUGCCAACGAACGUACUUUCCUCUCCUGGCUCAACUUUACUGUCCUUCUCGGCUCCCUGGCCAUCGGUCUCUUGAACUUCGGAGAUCGGAUCGGUCGGAUCUCUGCUGGUGUUUUCACAUUCGUGGCAAUGGUGGUGAUGAUCUAUGCGUUGGCGACCUUCCAUUGGAGAGCAGAUAGGAUUAGGAAGCGCUUGCCUGGACCUUACGAUGAUCGUUUUGGACCUACGGUUCUGUGUAUCUUUAUUCUUACCGCUAUCCUGAUUAACUUCGGAUUGAGAUUCAGUGACCAUCAGUAG